AUGAACGCUGAAAAGGCUGAAGCGAACUCGAGACUUCUGGAGCUUUCGAAGAGGAACCUGGAAAAUAAAACGAAGAAGGAGCUGGAACAGAAGCAGAAGCAGGAGGAGCAGCUGGAGCAGAGGAGGAUCAUCAUGAAGUCCCUGUUGACCCCGGAUGCGCACGCACGAUGUAAAGAAAAGAAGCGUCCUUUUAAGAGUGCUGCACUCGAAAGAGAGGCAGUACUGGAAGGAUUAGCACCCCCGACAAGGGUAACAAUGUCGAGGAUUGCCAUUGUGAAGGAAGAGAAGGCCAGGCGAAUCGAGGAUAUAAUCAUCAGGAAUAGCCAAAUGGGUCUGCUUCACAGAAAAAUCGAUGACGAGCAGCUAAUUAAAAUUAUCGAGCAAGUGAGCGAACAGAUUUACAAAAAGGAACCGGUGAUAGAGAUAAGACGAAGGAAACAGUUCGAUGACGAUGAUGACUUCAACGAAGAGGACUACACGUGAGAGCGCUCCGUUGCCUCGUGGAUAAUUUUUUUUUUUUUUUUUUAAAAAUGAUGUGAAGAAUAAAUUCAACCUUUGUUGCUGCCCGUGGCUUGGUUGUACGCAAAAAGGAGGGGAAAAAAACGAACGCUCAAAAUGACUUUCAUCCAGCGUUUUUUUUUUCCCUGUUUUUGUUAAUUUUUGUCAGUAUAAGCUAAUUCGUCUCAAGCAUGUUAUUCUUUCCAUUCCUUUACAUUUCAUUUUAUUCCCUUAUGUUUCCUUACGUUCCCUUUUUUUUUCUUUUUUUUUUCGAUUUCGCGCCCUCCGCGUUUUAUGUUGUCCAGGCGCGCGUUCCCACCUUCUACGCCCCUCGUUUUUAUCCCCACCCCCCCCAAAAAUUAACACCACCCAUUUUAAUUAAUAUGUGGCCCCUGUUC